AUGUUCCGCCCAAGGAAGAAGAAGGAAAUCUCUCUGGUGGAGGAACUAAGAGAUCUGGAGUUCCUCGAGGAAGGAGACAUAGUCGACAUCCCAGAUGUGGAAAAUGACGACUUGAUUGAAGAAAACUCACUUAGUGUGGUAGUGAGAUGUCUAAACCCGACGGUCCACAAAGUUGGAGGUUUGGUUAAAGCGCUUCCCCCAAUCUGGGGUCUGGAAGAUAGAACACAUGAAAGAGGAGUGGGAGAGAACCGGGCUCAGUUUAUCUUCCAAUCCGACCGAGAUCUCCACCACGUCCUAACAAGAGGACCCUGGUUCGUCAACGGGUGGAUAGUAGCUCUAGAACAGUGGACUCCGAGCCCUGGCCCCGAGUAUCUCACUAGGAUCCUGUUCUGGAUCAGAAUUAGAGGCUUGCCAGUUCACCUGCUGAAUAAACAAACUGUGGACUACUUGCUUGGUCCCUUGGGGAAAGUCGAGAAGGUGGAGCUUCAUGCUAAGAACUCUACUUCAGUGGAAUAUAUCAGAGCGCAGGUUUGGAUAAGUACAGAGGAACCGCUUCAAUUCCGUCGUACAGCAAGAUUCAAAUCUGUUGAAGUGGUUCCUACAGAGCUGGAAGAAUGUACCCCAGUUGGAGAGCUCACGGAGAUUCAAUGA